AUGAACUUUUUGAUAUUUCAAAUCUUCCUUUUUGUUCUUCUUGUUUAUGCUCAACACACUCCUCUUUCUGGAACGCAGUCAUCGCCUCAAGUACCAUAUAACUGGUUAACGGUGGCUUUUGUUGGCUCCAAUGAGUAUUUGCCACGCCCCCAUUAUCAAUCAUCGGAUCGAGAUCAUUUCAAAGAAUUGUGUCGUCGAUUGGAUGGAUUGAAUCCGAAUCAACAAGCGAUGUGCGCAGAAAAUCCAUUUUCAAUUCCAUUUGUUGCGAGAGGAGUUCGAGAAGCAAUCAGAGAAUGUGAGAAUAAAUUCAAAUUUGAGAGAUGGAAUUGUUCUUCAAGAGAUGAAGUAACUGAAACGAGACACGGAAAGUUUCAAGAUAUUCUCGGAAAAACUCUGAGAUCAGCCAACAAAGAAGCCGCUUUCUUGAGUGCUAUCAUGGCAGCAAGCAUCGUUCAUUCAAUCACAAAAGGAUGUAAUACUGGAAAUCUGACUGAAUGUGGAUGUGACAGUAAACCAGGAAUGCAGAGAUAUCAAGCUGAUUCUGAUUCUGCAAUGAGUCGAGAUCAGUUUUCAUGGGGUGGAUGUUCAGAUAACGUUCCAUAUGGAAUACGGUAUGCAAGACGUUUUUUGGAUGAAUGGGAAUCUCAACAAUUCGACGAAACAAAAAAUGUUGCGCAUCUUGUCAGAAGACACAAUAAUUUCGUUGGAAGAGAGGCAAUUGCUCAAAACAUCCGUCGUCAAUGUCGCUGUCAUGGAGUCUCUGGUUCUUGUGAAUUCAAAACAUGUUGGCUUCAAAUGCAGAAGUUCUCUCAAGUGUCAGAUCUUCUCAAAAAGCGAUACGAUCAUUUCGCAGUCCAGGUGACACGAAAAGCGAAUAAAAGAUUACGAAGAAAGGAACGAACGGAGAGAAAGAUACCAUUAAGAGGAAACGAAAUGGCAUAUGUUCAUCGUUCACCUUCUUAUUGUGAGAAGAAUUUAACUGCAGGAAUUCUCGGAACAGCUGGUCGUGAAUGUAUUCAUAAUUCGUACAGUUCUGAAAGUUGUGACUUGUUAUGUUGUGGUAGAGGGUAUAAUACAAGAUUGGAGAUUCGUCAAACUCAAUGCGAGUGUAAAUUCGUUUGGUGUUGUGAAGUGAAAUGUAAAACAUGUACAGAAGAAGUGGCAGUUCAUACAUGCAAAUAA